GCCGGAGACGUUAAAUGUCCUGGGCUGGCGGGGAGGAGACCAGACCCGGUGGGGACGAGACCCGGGGCCCGCUAUGCAAAUGUUGCUGGUGCUGCUGCUCCUGUCUGGUGCGGGAAUCAGGCCAGCGGAGGCCAACAGCAGGAAGGGCCCGGCCGCGUGGCCUUGGCAGGCAAGCAUCUUCCUGGAUGCCCGCUACCGCUGCGAGGGGGCCCUCAUCUCCCAAGAGUGGGUGCUCGCAGGAGCCAGCUGCUUGGGCAGCGGGCCUCGGUCCCAGUUCAGAGUGACCCUGGGCCCAGACCGCCUGGUGCUGGACAGUUGCAAGAGCAUUUCCCGUGUGGAGGAGCUGCUCCUGUCCCCAGGAGGGAGUGAGGGCUCUGCGUCCGGUGGCCUGGCCCUGGCUCGACUGGCAAGGCCACCACCUCUCAGCAGCACCGUGCAGCCGGUCCCUCUGGCCACCCGGCCCCAACCUUUCCUCCCACGGCUGCUCUGCUGGGCCCAAGGGUUUGAGGCUGAUAUCGAUCCCUACAUCCCACCCCGAGAGCUGCACAGUGUCCCGCUGAGACCACUGCAUAUCCACACCUGCAAAGAUGCCUUUCGCCUCCACCCGGACUGUCCUGACCCGGAGGCCAGCCUGCCUGAGGGCUCCGAGUGCACCAAGCCCCCCACCGGCCCCUCUGAACUGGUGGUGUCUGAUGGGAGCCCCCUGGUCUGCUUCCAAGCUAACAGCUGGCUGCUACAGGGGGUGAUCACCUGGGGUCCCUGCUGGGGGCCUGGCCUCCCAGAAGUCUACAGGCCUGUGCAUCCCUUCAUUUCCUGGAUCAGAGAUAAGGUCUCUAAUGCCACUUUUCCCACCCUGGCCAAGAAGCGUCCUUGGGCCCGGCCUGGGACCAGACAGAGGAGGCAGUGAGGAUCUUUAGCCUGUGAAGUCCUGGGUUUGAACCCUGAUCCAGCUACUUACCUGCCGCUGUGACUGUUCCCAGCAAACUCCCCUCUCUGGAUCUGCUUCCUCUUUGAGUAAUUGAGAUGUAUUCACAAUUAUUCCUUCAUCCAACAAUGUUACCAGUGCUUCCUAUGUGCCAGGCAACCAGAACACAGGAUCAGUGGGGCCCCUGGUCUCAGGCAACAGGCGGGCUUGUCUAGAGGAGGGGAGGCAAGCAAUAGCCCGAGUCAUGACAGUAAUAAAUGUGCAAAUACAAACCACA